AUGGCGACGCCUCGUCGCACCUCUCAGCAGCAGCAGCCAAACUCCCUGCUGUCCUCCCCGCCCCGCGGCUCCUCUCUCCCCGGCACCCCGCCUGGCUCUCCGCCGGCACCCGACGACGAUGCCAGCCCACUUCCCCACAGAGGCGCCAUGGAGAACGCGGCUGACGGUGAGGUAACCCCUGCCUCUCCCACCACCACCUCCCCAGCUCCGGCCCUCACCAGCAGUAGCAGCAGCAGCACUAGCAGCAACGCUAGCUCCCCGACCACCACCGAUGGUAGCGGGACCAGCCCCGGCUCUACGCCCGACUCGGGCAGCGGUAACCCGGGCAGCAGCAGCAGCAGUAGCAGCGGCGGCGGCGGCGGAGGUGCAAGCGGGGCUUUCAGGGAGCUAUUUGAAGCCUGUCGAAACGGGGAUGUUUCGAGGGUGAAGAAGCUCGUGGAUGCGGUGAACGUGAACGCUAAAGACAUGGCAGGACGCAAAUCGACACCCCUGCAUUUCGCCGCAGGUUUUGGGCGGAAAGACGUGGUGGACCACCUGCUGCAGACGGGCGCUAACGUGCACGCGCGGGAUGACGGGGGUCUGAUCCCGCUUCACAACGCCUGCUCGUUUGGUCACUCCGAGGUGGUGUCCUUGCUGCUGUGUCAGGGGGCCGACCCGAACGCUCGAGACAACUGGAACUACACGCCGCUCCAUGAAGCUGCCAUCAAGGGCAAGAUAGACGUCUGUAUAGUGUUACUGCAGCAUGGAGCCGACCCCAACAUCCGCAACACCGACGGCAAGUCCGCCCUGGACCUGGCCGAACCCUCCGCCAAGGCCGUACUCACAGGUGAAUACAAGAAGGAUGAGCUGCUGGAGGCGGCGAGGAGUGGAAACGAGGAGAAGCUAAUGGCCUUGCUUACGCCGCUCAACGUCAACUGCCACGCGAGCGACGGCCGCAAGUCCACUCCACUCCACCUGGCAGCAGGAUACAACAGGGUGAGGAUAGUUCAGCUGUUACUACAGCAUGGAGCAGAUGUUCACGCCAAGGACAAAGGUGGUCUGGUGCCGCUACAUAAUGCCUGCUCCUAUGGACACUAUGAAGUUACAGAGCUGCUGCUAAAGCAUGGCGCGUGUGUGAACGCCAUGGAUCUGUGGCAGUUCACCCCACUCCACGAAGCGGCGUCUAAAAACAGAGUGGAGGUCUGCUCUCUGCUGCUGAGCCACGGGGCCGACCCGACCCUGCUCAACUGCCACAGCAAGAGCUCUGUGGACAUGGCGCCCACUCCUGAGCUGAAGGAGAGACUUACAUAUGAGUUUAAGGGCCACUCCCUGCUCCAAGCUGCUCGGGAAGCUGACAUGGCCAAAGCUAAGAAGACCCUGGCACUGGAGAUCAUCAACUUCAAACACCCUCACACACAUGAGACGGCGCUGCACUGCGCAGUAGCAUCGCCACACCCGAAGAGGAAGCAGGUGACGGAGCUGCUGUUGAGGAAGGGCGCCAAUGUAAAUGAGAAGAAUAAAGAUUUCAUGACUCCUCUCCAUGUGGCAGCAGAGCGUGCUCAUAAUGACAUUAUGGAGGUGUUGCAGAAACACGGUGCCAAGGUGAACGCCCUGGACACGCUGGGUCAGACGGCGUUGCACCGCGCGGCGCUGGCAGGCCACCUUCAGACCUGCAGGCUGUUGCUAGGAUACGGGGCCGAUGCCUCACUGGUGUCACUGCAGGGCUUCACUGCUGCUCAAAUGGGAAAUGAAGCUGUUCAGCAAAUACUCAACGAGAACGUCCCGGUGAGAAACUCAGACGUGGACUACAGACUUCUGGAAGCCGCUAAAGCCGGAGACCUGGACACCGUCAAGUCGUUGUGUACGGCUCAGAAUGUGAAUUGUAGAGACCUGGAGGGACGGCACUCCACUCCCCUUCACUUUGCUGCUGGCUACAACAGAGUGUCAGUGGUGGAGUACCUGCUGCACCACGGGGCCGACGUGCACGCAAAGGACAAAGGUGGACUGGUUCCCCUCCACAACGCCUGCUCGUACGGUCACUACGAGGUGGCUGAGCUGCUGGUCAGACACGGGGCCUCGGUCAACGUGGCCGACUUGUGGAAGUUCACGCCGCUCCACGAAGCCGCUGCCAAGGGCAAAUACGAGAUCUGCAAACUGCUGCUCAAGCACGGGGCGGACCCCACCAAGAAGAACCGAGACGGGAACACGCCUCUGGACCUGGUGAAGGACGGAGACACCGACAUCCAGGACCUGCUGAGAGGAGACGCCGCGCUGCUGGAUGCUGCUAAGAAAGGCUGCCUGGCCAGAGUGCAAAAACUAUGUAGCCCCGACAACAUUAAUUGUCGGGAUACGCAGGGACGCAACUCAACACCUCUGCACCUCGCAGCCGGCUACAACAACCUGGAGGUAGCAGAGUAUCUGUUGGAACAUGGAGCCGAUGUGAACGCGCAGGACAAAGGAGGGCUGAUACCUUUACACAAUGCUGCUUCAUACGGGCACGUGGACAUAGCCGCCCUGCUGAUCAAGUACAACACGUGCGUCAACGCCACAGAUAAGUGGGCGUUUACGCCCCUCCACGAAGCGGCCCAGAAGGGGCGGACUCAGCUCUGCGCUCUGCUAUUGGCCCAUGGAGCCGAUCCCACAAUGAAGAACCAGGAGGGACAGACGCCGCUGGACUUGGCAACGGCUGAUGACAUCAGAGCAUUGCUGAUUGACGCCAUGCCACCAGAUGCCCUGCCAAGCUGUUUAAAACCCCAGGCCACUGUGGUGAGUGCAGGUGUGGUGAGUACAGGCGCGGCAGGGGGCGUGGUCAUCUCACCCUCUCCGUCCCCAUCCUGCCUGUCCGCUGCCAGCAGCAUAGACAAUCUGACCACGCCCCUCGGCGACAUCAACGUGGGCGGGGCCACUGGACCAGCGGACGGAGCAUCUGGGUCUGACAGGAAGGAAGGAGAAACUCUGCUCGACAUGACCAUCAACCAGUUCUUGAAGAGUCUGGGGCUGGAACACCUCCGAGACAUCUUCCAGCGGGAACAGAUCUCGCUGGAUGUGUUGGCAGACAUGGGUCACGAGGAGCUGAAAGAGAUCGGCAUCAACGCUUACGGUCACAGACACAAACUCAUCAAGGGCAUCGAGAGGCUGCUGGGAGGCCAGCAAGGUGGAAACCCGUACCUGACGUUCCACUGCUCCAGCCAGGGCACCGUGCUGAUCGACCUGGCCCCGGACGACAAGGAGUUCCAGUCAGUGGAGGAGGAGCUGCAGAGCACCAUUAGAGAGCACCGGGAUGGAGGCAACGCAGGUGGAGUCUUCAGCCGGUACAACAUCAUUAAGAUUCAGAAGGUGGUGAAUAAGAAGCUGCGGGAGAGAUAUGCACACAGACAAAAGGAAAUCGCAGACGAGAAUCACAACCAUCACAACGAGCGAAUGCUCUUUCACGGUUCUCCCUUCAUCAACGCCAUCAUCCAUAAGGGCUUUGACGAGCGACACGCCUACAUCGGCGGCAUGUUUGGCGCCGGGAUCUAUUUUGCUGAGAACUCCUCCAAAAGCAACCAGUACGUGUACGGGAUUGGUGGAGGCACAGGAUGUCCUACCCACAAAGACCGCUCCUGCUACGUGUGCCACAGGCAGAUGCUGUUCUGCAGAGUGACACUGGGUAAGUCCUUUCUUCAGUUCAGCGCAAUGAAAAUGGCCCACGCGCCACCAGGACACCACUCUGUCAUAGGACGACCCAGCGUCAACGGACUGGCGUAUGCAGAGUACGUCAUCUACAGAGGGGAGCAGGCUUACCCAGAAUACUUGAUUACCUACCAGAUAGUGAAGCCAGAGAGUCCGGCCGCGCCUGCUGCCACCUCCGAGCAGAAGUCCUAAAUGCAGCCGCUGCUGGAUCUGAAGAAGGUCGGACUAGAGCCGCUCUCUAAGAGGGCUAGAACUGAACUGGAGGGUGUUUCAAACCUCAGACCCAAAAUGAAGGUCUCCGGAGCUGAACUUGAGGUGAAGUGUCGACCAGGCUGUAGUCAAGGCGGCCAUUGGAAACAAGGCGCGGACGUGUCUGAACAGAAGAAGAAAAGGAAGAUGGGGAGGCAGCGUCGGGGGGACGAUACAUGCUCAGUGCAAAGCGGCAGGCAGCAGAUUCUUUAAUUAACUGGGUCUAGUUUUGCUGGAGAAAAAGAAAAUGGUUUGUCAACAUUUCUGAAAGUGUACCAGUAAGCUCAUUUUUAAGUUCGCAGGCCUCUGGCUUGAUCCUAAAAACAAUUAAGGAAGCAAUUAGAGCGGGACACAGUCCAAAGCAAAACAAACGUCCCUGAUUUUGCACCUUCGUGCUGCUUGUAUAUUCUACCCCCAGUUUUUAAUGUGUUGUUUUGAUAUCGUGUCCUCUUUCGGCUUUGUGCAUCAUCCACAGCAUCAAAACAACACCCCGAGGCCACCUCCAGAAACAGCGAUCGUCGCGCCGAGAGAACAGAAAUCCGCUUCAUUUCGUGUUACAGCUUGUCACAUUUGCACCAAUGAGGCUCAUGUAAACAAGACACGGCUCUCUCUCUCUCUCACAUCUCCUCUGCUGUAAGCAACGAAGGAAUGAUGAAACGAGCGCGAGCAGGGAGAAGUUAAACAGAUUACAGCGGACAAAUACCCACAAGUCAAUAAAGCAGAAAACAAACACAAUCCGCUGCUGCUACCAGCGCCGGCUGCAGACUUUCCCACCAAAUCCGCACCGGGACCACCUUCUGCACCCAGCCAGGCAGACCAGAGGACAGCUGCUGCCAGAAACAUCAGUUACCACAAACAUGAUGGGGUUUUUUUUUUAGAAGAAGAAGUUUUUUGGUUUACUUGACCAGCAUUUGGUGACGAGCAAGCAGCAACCACAGUGGCUGAGUGUGAUGGGCUGAGACACCUGUCACUCAAGCCAACGUGCCCUGAACAUGCCACUCUUUAUUUCGUUUUGAUUCUUUUUUUUUUUUUUUUUUUAAUUGCCAACAAGACCUGCGUAAGUACAAUUCAAGCUGACUCUCUGUUUUGGAGUCUGAGUCCAGCGGCCGUCAUUGGAGCUUAAACAACGUCCUCAUCGGCUCCGACAGUCAAACAUGGUCGUUGCUGCUUGCUUCAGCCGAGCUCGCGUUAAAACAGUCCAAACUCCGUCUUUUUCCAGAACCAGGAGGACCACAAGAGACCAGACUGUGACUGUUAUAUGAACACACAAACACAUGCGUACGCUUGACUCACACUUUUCCUCUUCGUUUGCGUUGCAGCCCACUCAAAGCUGCACUUGGCAAACUCAGACAACUACAGAAACACAGUCCCCGAGAGUUUGAACCUCGAGAGAUCUUGUCAGGUGUGAUCUUUAAUGUGAAAAGGACCCAAAAGCGACAGAGAUACAAGAUAAAAACUUGAAAUGGGACGUUACUCUCUAUAAUCCUGAUCUGAUUUUUUCAAUUGCAGCUCAACAUCCACACCUGUCUGCUGCUACACUUGUGUGUCGCUCAUGUACACUUACAUCCGGAGACUCUUUUUGGUUUGCGUGUUACUGUCUCUCAUUGGGACCCACAUUUUUCUUGUGUUGCUGUUUACAUGAUCCCGCUGCCUUUCAGCCGCAUUCCCCUCUACCUUUAGCUGUCGAUGCCCCCUAGUGGUGCCAGGGAAGAAUUGCUGGCUUGCAGUAGUCAGUCAAAGAGAACAAAUGUACAGUUUAUUCAGGAAGGCAUUUACAUAGGGAUCCGUUUCCACACAGUAAUGUUUAUUUGUUUUGUUUGUUUUUCCAUCAUCUUUAUCCUGCUGGCUUUACACUCUUCAAACAUUCUACAAGCAAAUGUGAAAAGUGAGCCUGUUCACGGUAUGUGAGCAAGCCAUUCAGCAGGCUGGUCACAGGCUUAAAAAAGAUAUUUAUGUAACCAGAAAUCUGACGGAGGAUGAGGAAGAGGACAAUGCAGAUGUUGUACAUAAAGAUGAGCUAUCACUUACCUGUAUUAACCAUUCACGGUGGCACGCUAACAUCAUAACAGCUUAGCAAACUCCUCACACUACGUACUGUAAGCUCAAACUCCUUUUUCUGUUACUCUGCUGACCACGUUUUUCUGUUGAAAGUUUAUUUAUGAUUAGUGAUUUGAAAUAAUGACACUGUACCACACUAGGGACCUGAGUUCAGAUUCUCUCAUUUCCAUCACAUCAGGUCGAGUCAGGUAGUGCUGAAGGUCUUUGAAAUUCCUUGAAAGUGAGUGCGAUGGGCAGGGAAAGGGCCUUGAAAGGUUCUGGAGAAAGAUAAGGUUGCCUUGAGAUCGCUUGCAGCGCAGCGCCCGCGAGUCAAACUCAGAUUGCAGCUGAUUUGCAUUUUCAAGGUGAAGAUGACGUUGGUCUGAGCCAAGCGCGAAACAAGCAUUAAAUCCAUGUCAAGAGGGCCCCGGCAGCUGAAAAGAGACGCCCCUGAUACUGUGAAGCUGAACCGUUUGUCAGACUGUGUUCAAGCUGUGAAGUUUCCACAUCAGCAUUAUUUCCCUCGGUUUUGCCGCCCACACAUUUGAUAGCAACAGCUCAUCCUAAUAACAAUGAACGAUAACAAAAAAUGACUUGGGUAGCAGCACAUUUCAGCAAAUUACAAAGUGAUUCAUUGCAGGGAAAAUGGAAAGGAAAUGAAUUAAAAGUGAAAGAAAUAAGCUGGCAGACAGGAACAACAACUGAUGACUAAAGGCAAAAAUGAGAAAAGCUAAUAAGCUUGAAAUUAAACUGUAAUGACAAAAGUUUUCAGAGGGGAAAAUAAAACAGCUGCAGCACUUGGACACACUUCACACAGUAUACGGCCAUAAGUAUGCGCUUAUUAGUUUUUAAGACAUGACUGAGAUGAUGAUGGUCAUUGAUGAUGAUGGCGUUUCUCUUACGCUGUGCAUCAACUUAUUGUUUUUCCUCCCAAAGUCAGUUAUUUACUAUCUGAGACUUCACAAAAAGCCCCGAUCUCAGUUUCUAGAUGUUUAAAUCAGGUGAAUGACAGACGAAGCAAGUGUGAUGCUGUUGUUGCUGGAGACCAGCCGGAUUUCUAUGUUUUCCUGUUUUGGACCAGCGUCUGUGUCAUCCCCGAUCGGUCGGCGCUGGGACGGAGAUUUCCGAUAAAGCGGCAGCGUUGCUGUCGGCUCUGUGGGCUCAUGCAGAGCAGGUGGAGUUUAUGGUGUUGACCUCAGUAAGGUCAGCAGCGCCGUAUCCUUUAUUAGCAGAGAGCUGUGGGCUUUGUUUUAAACGACACUGUAAAUAAACUAACUCCAGAUGGGCCUUUAAAAGGGCCUUUUAUGGAUGAUUUUGAGUUUAUUUUUCUUGCUUUUUGUCCUUUGAAAGACUUUUCAAAGACUUUUUUUAUGUGAUAACUAUUUGAAUUGUGUUUUAGCUGGUCUGUCUCUGCUUAACUGUCUCACGGGCCAGUCAGCCAUGUUGUUGUAAAUACUUUGGAGGAGUGCGUGCGUGUGUGUGCGUGUGUGCGUGUGUGUGUGAGUGUGUGUGUUCAAUCAAUCUACGCCUCACCUUCUGACCUGCCUUCAGCCAAAAGCCACCAGUUUGAUUAACACAUAUCCUCAUCAGUGAUGUUUGACCUCCUGUUGUACAGACGCUUGUACAGAGCUGCUGACCAGCUAACAUGUGGAACAGAGAAACUCCUCGCUGUUGUACAGAAGAAAAUCCUUAAUAAA